GCGGCGGCGGCCGCCGGCCCUUCCCCGCCCCCCGACAUGGGGCUGCCCGGGGAGCAGGACGCUGCGGACCGCGGCGGAGGACGCGCCCGGAGCCCCUGAGCCGGCCGAGCGGGGCGGACCGCGGGGUAAGAGACUCCACUACAUUCUUUGAAGAAGGAUAAGAUUGACACUGCUUCGCUUCUUUCUUUACCGAAGUCUCUUCCUCCCAGACCGAGCUUUGGGUAUCUUCCUUACAGCAUAUGACACACGGAAUUUCUCUUUCCUAAAAUGGAGUCAAGUAAAAAGAUGGACUCCCCCGGCACACUGCAGACUAACCCACCGCUAAAGCUGCACCCUGAUCGCAGCGCCGGGACGUCCAUUUUCGUCCCCGAACAAGGAGGUUACAAAGAAAGGUUUGUGAAGACCGUGGAGGACAAGUACAAGUGUGAGAAGUGCCGCCUGGUGCUGUGUAACCCGAAGCAGACUGAGUGUGGACACCGGUUCUGUGAGACCUGCAUGGCUGCCGUGCUGAGCUCCUCAAGCCCAAAAUGCACUGCGUGUCAAGAAAGCAUCAUUAAAGAUAAGGUGUUUAAGGAUAAUUGCUGCAAGAGAGAAAUUCUAGCUCUUCAGAUCUAUUGCAGGAAUGAAGGUGGAGGCUGCACAGAGCAGUUGACACUGGGACACCUACUGGUGCAUUUAAAGAACGAUUGCCAGUUUGAAGAGCUUUCGUGUGUCCGUGCUGACUGCAAAGAAAAAGUGUUGCGAAGAGACCUGCGUGACCAUGUAGAAAAGGCUUGCAAGUACCGAGAGGCCACAUGCCCCCACUGUAAAAGUCAGGUCCCGAUGAUCACACUGCAGAAACAUGAAGACACUGAGUGUCCCUGUGUGGUGGUGUCCUGCCCCCAUAAGUGCAGUGUCCAGACCCUUCUAAGGAGUGAGUUGAGUGCACACUUGUCAGAGUGUGUCAAUGCCCCCAGCACCUGUAGUUUUAAGCGCUAUGGCUGCGUUUUUCAGGGGACAAACCAGCAGAUAAAGGCCCAUGAGGCCAGCUCCGCAGUGCAGCACGUCAACUUACUGAAAGAGUGGAGUAACUCUCUGGAGAAAAAGGUUUCCUUGCUACAGAAUGAAAGCGUAGAAAAAAACAAGAGCAUACAAAGUUUGCACAAUCAGAUAUGUAGCUUUGAAAUUGAAAUUGAGAGACAAAAAGAAAUGCUUCGAAAUAAUGAAUCCAAAAUACUUCAUUUGCAGCGAGUAAUAGACAGCCAGGCAGAGAAACUGAAAGAGCUGGACAAAGAGAUCCGCCCCUUCCGGCAGAACUGGGAAGAAGCAGACAGCAUGAAGAGCAGCGUGGAGUCCCUCCAGAACCGAGUGACCGAGCUGGAGAGCGUGGACAAGAGUGCAGGGCAGGCGGCUCGGAACACAGGCUUGCUGGAGUCCCAGCUGAGCCGGCACGACCAGAUGCUGAGCGUCCAUGACAUCCGCCUGGCCGACAUGGACCUGCGCUUCCAGGUCCUGGAGACCGCCAGCUACAACGGCGUGCUGAUUUGGAAGAUCCGAGAUUACAAGCGGCGGAAGCAGGAAGCCGUCAUGGGGAAGACCCUGUCUCUUUACAGCCAGCCUUUCUACACGGGCUAUUUUGGCUAUAAGAUGUGUGCCAGGGUCUACCUGAACGGGGACGGCAUGGGGAAGGGGACGCACUUGUCGCUGUUUUUUGUCAUUAUGCGUGGAGAGUAUGAUGCUCUGCUUCCUUGGCCAUUCAAGCAGAAAGUGACGCUCAUGCUCAUGGAUCAGGGGUCCUCUCGGCGUCACCUGGGAGAUGCGUUCAAGCCGGACCCCAACAGCAGCAGCUUCAAGAAGCCCACCGGGGAGAUGAAUAUUGCCUCUGGCUGCCCAGUGUUCGUGGCUCAAACUGUGCUAGAAAACGGGACAUAUAUUAAAGAUGAUACCAUUUUUAUUAAAGUCAUAGUGGAUACUUCGGAUCUGCCCGACCCCUGACCGGUCACUGGGGAGGUGGAUUGAGCAGAAGGCAUCUCCUCUGGGGGGUUUGAACCGGCUGUCUCCACCGAGGUCCUCGCGCUCAGAAAAGGACCUUGUGGAACGGAGGAAGCAGCAGAAGGUGGCCGCGGGCCGGCGGGAGGAGCCACGCGUGAGGACACACCUGACAUGUUUUCUAAUAGACUAGCAACACUCCACUCUGAAGAAUUAUUUAUCCUUUGACGUGAUAAAUACUGCUGUCAGAGAAGGUUUUCAUUUUCAUUUUUAAAGAUCUAGUUAAUUAAGGUGGAAAACAUAUAUGCUAAACAAAAGAACCAUGAUUUUUCUUCCUUAAACUUGAACACCAAAAAAAGAAAACACACACACACACACGCACACACACGCACACCUGGGGAUAGCUGGACAUGUCAGCAUGUUAAGUAAAAGAAGAAUUUAUGAAAUAAUAAUGCAAUUCUGAUAUAUUCUAAAAUUCAAGAGUGCAAUCUUGUUUCAAAUAUAGUAUAUUGUCUAUUUUUAAGGCCUCAUCUGGUCUCUGUUUUAAUAAUUUGUUUGUCAGAAGACCCUGAAGUACACCUAGGUCUUUUUUGAAAGUCUAAAUUCAGAAUCAUUUUUUAAUUUAAAGUUCUGAGAUAAUUGUUAUUGCAAACAUUUUAUUUUAAAACGUUGAUAGACUGAUAUUUCUUGGAAGAAAAUGUAAAAUAUCAAACACUGGUUAUCACUUGUGAUAGGAAAGAAAAUAUUCAAUCUGCUGUUAUUUCUCGUUAGAAAUGUAAACCUUCGAUAUCUGUCGUAGUUAAUGACACUACUUCAAAAUUAUUAUGAAAGGGAAACUGCUCAUGGAUGCUGUGCAUCAUUUUCAGAUUUAUAAUUGUUUUCACCCUAAAAUAGGGCAUUCGUUGAACUUUGGAGUUCUAAACAAAAUCCUGUAGGCUCUUACAAUUCUGCCCCAUGUGUUCAGACACGCUCUCUAUUGCUGACAACUCUGACCUUCAGUGUCCAGUGCCCGGGGGUGGGCAGGUGGCUCGUGCUGGAGGAGGCCACAGCAGGUGUGUUUCUUCAUUCUGUCACAUUGCUGCAUUUUGUUCACGAUCUCCAAAGGCAACAUCUUUGCGUAGAGGUGGUGGCAUACUGUACAUGUGCCUUAGAUGUGACAUGCUGCUUCUCGACCCUGGCUUUGUGUUCACCGUAACUCUCGGAGGUGAUAGUUUAACCCGACUUUUCUCUCGACCACUAGAUCUCUGCCUCUUCCCGGGCCCCCAGACAGCCCCGUUCUGCUGGGGAAGCCAGGCCCAUCUUCAGCUUCUAGAGCCUCCACUGCUCAAUUAUCACAGAUUCCAAAUCUCUGGGCCCCAAAUGUGUGCCGCCCAGUCCCAGCACGGGCGUGGUCCCCCCCCCCAGGGCAGGACCUUUCUGUGUCCCCACCCGGGUCGUGGGAGUCCACCCCCCCACGAAGCAGAACCCUCUGAGCAUUCCAGAGACCGCCGCUCUUGGGGGCUGCCCAGGCUCACCGACGGGGUCCUGGAACCACCCUUCUCUCGGGAAGGGUGGUCUCGGGACCGUCGCAGCCUGCGCCUGCCCAGACGGCACUUUCUCAACUCACUGUUUACCUUCUCUCAAUGGUCCAACUGUGAUUAGAAGCCGGAGCCCUGCCUCUCUGUGCCCCUCUGCUAUGCACCACGCUUCAUGGGUGCUCUUACCACUGAUGGGUGCUACACGUGACGGGUGCUUCUUAGGCAAAACCAAUGUGUGUGAACCACCGCAUCUGUGCCGCUCAUCCAAAAGACGCGCCCACGAUUGGCCAGCUGGGCCGCGCACCUCAGACUGCCUGCCUCUGGGCUCCCUCGUGGUCACGCGGGGACGGUUGGGCUGGUGCCCGGUGGCCCGCCGUGUCUCUGGUGCUGCCAUCUGCCCUGGGCGUGCCUCUGCCCCAGUGCCUGCUGGAAGUGCCCUCCUAGCCCAUGCUGUCCCCUUCCAGAAGUGACCUGCCACGCCCUUUAGCAGUUCGAUGCUCCUUCUAUUCAUCUUUAUUUUCUCCACCCUAACCUCCCCGCCCCCCCAUUGCUUUUGGGCAAGUCUGUGAUCUCUGUCCUGUCCGUAAGGAGUCAUGUGUCCCUGUUCCUAGAGGAAGGACUUCCUGCAGGUGCUGUGGGACCACUGUUCCCUGGAAGGUGUCCCCGACCUCCUCCAGACCUUGCCCUGGUUCUACCCUGGACACACCCAGGGGAGAGAGGACGCUUGGCAGUCCCUGCCUGGCCUCUGGUGGCUUUCCUGAGGCCUGGGGUUACCGGCAGGGACAUGCCUGCAGCUUCCUCCCCCUUCACUAGAAGUAUGGACAAUAUUAACAAAUUUGAGAUAAGUAACAUCUCGGUCUGAUAAAAAAACAAA